AGUAAUAUUGACCAAUCAGGAGUAGUUAGAACCCUCCUCCAGGAAGUAAACUCCGGGGAAAGACAGCGCUCGAAGAAGCACAACCAUCGUUCCCUUCCUGACAAGUUGACGGGAUCAAAGUGUCGUCAUGUCCUUAACAAUAUUGACGGCUACACAAAGACUGAGAUCUAUCUGCAGACUGCAUCGAAUUCAAGGACAUAUGAUGUCCACUCAUGUGGAGCCAGAUGUUCUCCUGGAGAAGGUGGGCAGAGCCGGUGUGAUCACCAUGAACAGACCCAAAGUCCUAAAUGCUCUCAACAUGUCCAUGAUCCGAUUGAUCUACCCUCAGCUCAAGAAAUGGGAAAGUGAUAGUGAAACUGACCUGGUGAUUAUCAAAGGAGCAGGGGGUAAAGCCUUUUGUGCUGGUGGAGACAUCAGAGCAUUAACUGAAGCCGGGAAAGUUGGAGAUCCCCUCGCAAAGGUGUUUUUCCGUGAGGAAUACAUGUUGAACAAUGCUAUAGGAACAUACAGGAAACCAUUUAUUGCCUUAAUUGAUGGAAUAACGAUGGGAGGGGGUGUUGGUCUGUCAGUUCAUGGACGUUUUCGAGUGGCCACUGAGAAAACAUUGUUUGCCAUGCCAGAGACCGCUAUUGGUCUUUUUCCAGAUGUAGGAGGUGGUUAUUUCCUCCCGAGGCUCCAGGGAAAGUUGGGACUCUUUCUAGCUAUGACUGGCUUCCGUCUCAAAGGUCGUGAUGUGCACAGCGCUGGUAUCUCCACUCACUUUGUGGAGUCCAAGAAGAUAUCCCACCUAGAGAAGGAGCUGAUGGACUUAAAGUCACCCACAGUUGAGAAUAUUUCCAGAGUGCUAGACUCCUUACAGAAUGAGAGCAGCCUUGAUUCUGAGAAACCGUUUGUCCUGGAGAACCACAUGUCUGACAUUAACAGACUGUUUACCUCUGACAGUGUGGAGGGCAUCAUGCAGAACCUGAAGGCAGAUUCUUCAGACUUUGCCAAGAAACAAAUUGAGAUAUUGUCCCGGAUGUCUCCCACCUCCCUGAAAAUAACCUACAAGCAGCUGCAGGCCGGUGCUACGCUAAGCCUGCAGGACGUGUUUGUCAUGGAGUAUCGCCUGAGCCAGGCCUGUUUGCGGGGCUGUGACUUUUACGAGGGCGUGAGAGCUGUUCUGGUUGACAAGGAUCAGAAUCCCAAAUGGAACCCACCAACUUUGGAGGAGGUGUCUGACCAGAGUGUGGACCAGUGCUUCUCUUCGCUUGGAGAGAUGGAUAUGUCUUUUUAAUGUCAUCCGGCACCUUCACACUUAGAGCACAUUAGGAUUGUAAAGAGAAAACAAAAUAAUGUAUGCGUGUGGACAAAAAUCGUCUAAGCAAGGAAAUAAUGAUUGACAUUUUUUCUAGAAUUGUGCAACCCUACUCCAGAAUUCUUCUCUUGCUCUUUUGUGUCUGUUAAUCAAGAAAUGACUGCAUGCCAUCCUGUGAUCAUGGAUAAAACUGCUAAAAACCUUUUAAUUAUAUAACAAUGGUAUUAUUUUUACAAUACCACACCGCAGAUGGAGUCCUAAACUGUAAUUUUACCCUAAAUAUGUUCAAAAUCAUGUAUUGCCAUUUUAAAGAAAUAAAGAAUACAUUAAAACAUAUUUUAUUAGAAGACAGGAAUCAAAAGGUUUACAGCCUGUAGAAAUGUACACAAUUAUUAUUGGUGAGCCAAUUAAAGCUGACCAGGGACUUAAAGCAUCCCCUUCAUUGCCAUGGCAACAUUGGACCUUCAUCUCCCAAUACUUAUUAGUGUUCAACAUGACUGUACAUUCAUUUAGUUUCCAGCUAGGUUUUGACAGCUAAAUGAUCUGCUGUAAAAGAUUGUGUUUACCACUUGACAACUGUAGGCGUAAACAGAAUGAUGUCAACUGACAGUCCUGCAGGAAGUUGUAUAUGAGGUGACAAUGUCAAUGAUGAAUGUUUUGUGUAAAUGUGAGACAAAAGUCAAAGUUUAAAGUAGUCACCACGACAAAAAACUCUGGCGUUUAUUCUUUAGUUCUUGGCAGUGCUGUGAUGAGCCGCUUGUUCACACACAUCUCCUUAUAUGGAUCAUACAGCUGCAAUGAUGGCGCGCAUCUCUGCUUUGUGUUCUCUCAAGUCCUAGCAACACUUUCCAAACACCUUUAAAUCAUCAAUGUGUAUAAAGCCAAAUCCAAUUACAGCUCAAAACAGAGGGCCAAGACGUAGUGGUGGAAAAAAUGUCUUCAGAAAGGAGACGGCACUCGAUUUCCGCUAGCUGUUAUUAUUAAGCUAUAAAAAUUAGGGGUGUCCCGAUUUGUUAUUGAUAUUGGAUAUUGGUUCGACAAAGGCAAAAAAAAACAAUUAUCGGAUUAUAUCAUCAUGCAUCUAAAAUCUCCGAUAUUAGUGUCAAUACAAGCAGCCCUGUAGCAUGUUUACUUGUACAAAGUUGGACAGCCAAUUAACAUCUAAAUGUCCUCCAAAAAGCGCAUGUGGUUGGACUUUUCUUGCACAAUAUUUUGUCAAGUCGGUUACAAAAGGUAAAGGCUAUUAGUAGAUAGUAACUACACACCAGCUAAGUACACAAUAGCACACAAGCUAAAUAUAUGUAAAAAGUGUCCUAAGUUGAACAAUAUUGCAGUCUAAAAUAAAUUUGUCAAUAUAAGCAUUGACAGCGCUUCACUUUUACCACAUUUUAUGUUGCAGCCUAAUUCCAUAGUGGAAAAAAAUAAUUGUUGUCCUCAAAAUUCUACACACAUCACACCAUAAUGACAGUGAAAAAAAGUUUUUUAAUUUUUGCAAAUCUAUUUAAAAACAACUCAGAAAUCACAUGUACAAAAGUAUUUACAGCCUUUGCUAUGGGGCAUCCUGUUUCAACUGAUCAUCUGAUCAAAGCUGCAUCAAUUAAGUAUUGACGAAAGGCUGUGAAUACAAGUGAUUUCUUUUUUUUUUUUUUUUUAUUUUGAAUACAUUUACAAAAUUUUCUAAAAAAAAUAAAAAAAACUUUCACAUUGUGAGGUUUUGUGUUUAAAAUUUUUGGGACAAAAAUGAAUUUAUUACAUUUUGUAAUAAGGCUGUAACAUAAAAUGUGGAAAAAGUGAAGAGCUGUGAAUAAUUUGUGGAUGCACUGCAUUACUUACAUAUACACAGUCUC